CGUGUAUACAUGAUUGUGCUGGGUAGUCUUCACCCAUAGUGUCGACUGAACAUCUUCACUUUUCAUGAGAGGCCGACUUUAAGGAUCCCCACAAUGCUCUCUACGCGCCAGUUUGUCGCCCUUGCGGCAAUCCUGCAGGCAGCUACUCAGGCUUCAGCUCAGGACCUGAAAGAACAAGUUUGGGCGGUAUUCGCUUACACUCUAUACGGAGACCGUGUCCCGACAGCCCUGCCUCGCCCCAAUAUUUUGACACCAUAUGGUGCCAACACACUGUAUGAAGCUGGGUCCGCUUUCCGAGAUCGAUAUGUUGCAAUCCAUUCGACCGAUGUCAGUCCGAGUACGAGAAUCGAGAGCAUCUCUACAUAUGCCCUCGAAGAUGAAGAUCUUAAUAUUCUGUCUACCACCGACCCAUCGGUCAUUGCGUCCGCGCAGGCUUUCAUGCAGGGGCUAUACCCACCUCUCAACGAUACUUACGACGUGCAAUAUCCUGACCCGUCGUAUCUCAUGGCCAAUGGCAGCUUUGCGACUGCCCCUAUGGGUGGCUACCAAUAUCCGCCCAUUGUCACCGUGAGCUCGGACGACCCUCAGUCGGUCGUGGUGGCAGGCCAAGAUAAUUGCUUCCUGCAUCAGAUCGCCAAUGCUGACUACCAGGCUAGCACGGAGGCUCAGCAAAUGAUACAGGAGUCUGACGCGCUCUACAACCGUCUCUAUAUCCAGGCCCUGUCGGGCGAUUUUGACCGCUCUUCAGUCAACUAUGCGAACUCCAUUGCGGUCUCCGAAUUCCUAGAAUACCAGCUCUUGCACAACGAGACAUUGUUGCACAGCGUCAGCCAAGAGGAUAUAAGGCUCGCGCGCUGGUAUGCCGACCAAUAUACUUUUGCAACAAACGGCAACUCGGAUACAUCAUUGUCAAGCCCCAUCGAUAGCAGUGCCAUUCGCACAAUUGCAGGCCAGACACUAGCCGGGAAUAUCUUGGAUGCAUUCGACACCAAUGUUCUUUACCGGGGUACCAGUGGGAAACUGACAUUCGUCUUCGGAGGCUACGAGCCUGCUGUCGCUCUUACUUCUCUCGUGCAACUUGCAUCCCCGGCAAAUGGAAAAUUCUAUGGAAGACCUGCGCUCGGGGCCUCGCUCACCUUUGAGCUCUUCAGUCUGGAAAAUCAAUCAUUUCCAACCUAUCCUGAUCCAUCUCAGCUUUAUGUGCGGUUCCUCCUGCGCAAUGGAACAACUUCACCGGAAUUCCAAUCCUACCCGCUUUUCGGUCACAGCCCCAGCAGCAUCGAGGUUCCCUAUAGCGAGUUCAAGGCCGAGAUGCAGGCCUUUGCGCUAAAUUCGACGCAGGAGUGGUGCCUCCAGUGUGAUUCGACCUCGUCAGCUGUAUUCUGUCCGGGUGUCCUGGAUGAUGAAGACGAUGGCCCGAGUAGUAGCGCAGCCUCUUCCUCCGGACGCAAAGGAAUUAGCCCCGCCGUUGGAGGAGUCAUCGGUGCGGUUGUGACUCUAGUUGUCGUUGGAUUGAUUGCUGCUGCCGGGUUCCUGCUGCUUGGGGUUCGAGUACAGCGUGGACGCAGGCCGAGCUUGGAGGAGAUUAAAGGAGGUAUUGAUUUGGGAAGUGAUUCGAACCUGGCCCUGCGGGAACAUGCUGCGCCGCCAGCAAAGACGGCGAGGCCUUGAGUCUGGAUCUACGGGUAGGCUGAUGACCUUGAUACCAUGGAAAGCAAGAUGAGUAUAAUAAUUAAACAGCGGUC